AUGACAGAAGCUUCAAACGCCCGCUUCAACUCCGAAGCCUCUUCCUGGGACCAAAACCCAGACGUCCAAUCCGCCACAAACUCCGCCUUCAAUGAGAUCCUCCGCCGUAUCCCCUCCUUGUCUCUCGACAAUCCAUCCAAACCAACCCUCCUCGACCUCGGCACAGGCACCGGUCUCCUCUCCCUCCUCCUCUCCCCAUACACCUCUCAAAUCCUCUCCAUCGACCCCUCCCCAACAAUGAUCUCCCACCUCUCCCAAAAACUAUCAAAGAAAGACUCCCCAAAGAACAUAACCCCCCUAUGCGCUCUAAUAACCUCCCCAUCAGACCCCCGUCUAACAACAAAUCCAAAUACAAAUACCCCCCAAAAAUUCGAUAUAAUAAUCUCAAACCUAGUCCUCCAUCACAUCCCAAACCUCCCCGAAUUUAUAACUCUAACACACGGAUUACUCAACCCCGGUGGUAUCAUCUGUCUGACGGACUUUGAAAACGUUGGGGAGGAAAGUAGGAAGUUUCAUCCGGAGGGGAAGAUGGAAGGGGUUGAAAGGCAUGGAGUGGUUAGGAAGGAGAUGGAGGAGUUACUUGUUACCACGGGGUUCGAAGAUGUUAAAGUCGAGGUUGGCUGGGUUAUGAGGAAACAGGUUGAACGGUGGCCUGGUGAAUGGGGACUUGAUGGGAAUGGAAAGAGACCUGAAGUUAAAGAUGGUGAAGAGGUUUGUGAGAUGGAUUUUAAUUUCUUGGUUGUUUGGGGGAGGAAGUAG